CAAUCAUGUGCAAGUGAGUCGAUGAUUACGUGAAAGUGUGACUCACUCUCUCACAUAAAUGGAAUGCUGCGUUAUGGAGAAGUAGUAGUAAGCGGUCAGCACGAACAAACAAUCACAUUACACACUUCUCUCUCUUCAAUGGCCGGAAUCCGCUUGCAGCCGGAAGACUCCGACGUCUCCCAACAAUCCCGCGCGGUGCCUCUCUCCGCCGCCGAUCUGGUCUCCGACGACGACCGCUCCGUCGCCGCUGACUCCUGGUCCAUCAAGAGCGAGUAUGGCAGCACUCUCGACGACGACCAGCGCCACGCCGACGCCGCCGAAGCUCUCUCCAACGCGAACCUCCGACCUCCCUCCGAUUACAGUUCUGACAAGGAUGAACCUGAUUCUGAAGCAGUCACGUCCAUGCUGGGAUUUCAGAGUUAUUGGGAUGCUGCAUAUGCUGACGAGCUCACAAAUUUUCGUGAACAUGGUCAUGCUGGUGAAGUCUGGUUUGGAGUUGAUGUGAUGGAAGUAGUUGCAUCUUGGACAAAAACCUUGUGUGUUGAAAUUUCUCAAGGUCGCAUACCAAAUGAUGUUGACGAGGUUAAGACUGAAGUUGACGAACUAGGUGAUAAAGUUUUGUCUACUUGGAGUGUACUAGAUAUUGGGACUGGCAAUGGUUUACUUCUCCAAGAAUUAGCUAAACAAGGGUUCUCUGAUUUAACUGGGACUGAUUAUAGUGAAAGGGCCAUCAACCUUGCUCAAAGCCUUGCUAAUCGUGAUGGAUUUUCCAAUGUCAAAUUUUUGGUUGAUGAUGUCCUUGAGACAAAGUUGGAACAAGAGUUUCGACUUGUCAUGGAUAAAGGGACGCUAGAUGCUAUUGGAUUGCAUCCUGAUGGUCCUGUCAAGAGAAUGAUGUAUUGGGAUUCUGUUUCGAAGUUGGUUGCUCCUGGUGGAAUACUUGUGGUCACAUCAUGUAACAGUACAAAGGAUGAGUUGGUACAAGAAGUGGAAAGUUUCAACCAACGAAAAAUUGCUACUGCACAGGAACUUGAGGCACUGAAGGGUGAGGAGCCAUGCAGAGAGCCCCCAUUUCAGUAUGUAAGUCAUGUCCGCACAUAUCCAACAUUCAUGUUUGGUGGAUCCGUAGGCUCCCGUGUUGCUACCGUGGCAUUCAUUCGGAAAUGAAAAUGUCUGUCAUUUGCUGUUAUGAUUUAGGUCUCUGGUCCAAUGGGUUUGAAGUUGUGUGUGCGUAUAGGUAGAUGCAUGUUCCCAACUGUUGUGUCGAACCGUAAAUAUUUUUUUGCGAUGGUUUAUGUGAAGUGUUCCAUUAACAUUUUCCUUUCUUUCGGGUGAACAGUUGUUCUCAUUCGGAACUUAUAAUUUAUAGAUAGUAAGGUAAAAACACAUUUAGUUCAGCGUAGCAAAAGGCUUGUGUGAAUGGUCGAUGAAACUAUAUGGGAAUUUUAUGUUUACCAUGUUUGACCAGAC